UAAGCCGCCAACGACAAAGCAUCUUUAAGAUAGUGUUAUUUUAUCAUUUUGAUAGAGGGGUUAUCAUUGGCUGAAUUCCACGAACUUGUCUAACAGCCUAUUUCAUUGGUUAGUUUCAUUGUUUGACAUGCCUCGUUCGGAGAAACCGCGGGAGAUGUCCACAUGUUAAUGUACACAAGAAACUUGUGUCGAUUUUGCCAUAUUGUAGGAAAGCCGAACAAAAUACACGACAUGAUAGGACAAUCGAAAAUUUCUGCAUUCUUUAAGGCAGGACAAACAUCUAGUAAGCGUUCAACAGAAGUGACACAUGAUGAUCAGAAUACACCACCCAAGAAGGCCAGAAUGGAUAAGCAAGAAUUAACUCCAGAAACUAAAUGUAAUACAGACGGUUUGACGGUCUCCUCAGCUUUGUCGCCUGAACAGAAAGCACGAAUGGAACAAAACCGAAUGAAGGCCAUGGCAAAACUUCACUCUAACAACUCGAACUCUGAAGGGCUUGUAGUCAACUUUGGAGACACAUGGAAAAAGGCACUGGAGAAAGAAUUUUCAAAGGAUUAUUUCCAGGGGCUGACCAAAUUUGUGGAGGCUGAGAGAGCAAAAGGGACAAUAUAUCCACCAGCUCAUCAGGUGUUUUCGUGGACACAGUACUGUUCUCUGGACUCAGUGAAGGUGGUGAUAUUGGGACAGGAUCCAUACCAUGGACCAAAACAAGCUCAUGGUCUGUGUUUCAGUGUACAGAAAGGGGUGAAGCCUCCACCUAGUUUAGAGAAUAUGUUCAAGGAGCUGUCGAGUGAUAUAGAAGGAUUCAAACACCCUGGACAUGGCACACUGAUUGGCUGGGCUGAACAAGGUGUCCUCUUGUUGAACUCCUGUCUCACGGUGAGACAACACCAAGCUAACUCUCACAAAGACAAAGGCUGGGAGAAACUCACAGACGCUGUCAUAUCAUAUCUCAACAAAAACAGAACGGGACUGGUGUUUAUACUGUGGGGGUCAUACGCACAGAAAAAGGGAGCUUGUAUAGAUCAGGUGAGAUGGAAAUAUAAUUCUAUAAUCCACAGGUACUGUAAGUGGUUAUUGGCUCAUCUGUCAGAAAAUCAAGUUAUCUUGUGCCGUGGUGUGGACUUUUGUUAUAAAUGUAAACUUUAUUUAUUUUACAACAGGUGCAAAACAAGUUAUAUCAAAUUAUGUUAAUCAUGCUUGUUGGCCUGGAUGGAAGCGUGCGAGGGGUCUUACUAUGGGAGGAAACCAGAGUAGUUGGGGAAAACCCACGUGGUCGGGCAGGUGACUCCAUACCUUUUCAUGUCCAGGCGGGGAUUUUAACCCCCGUCCGCCUAGGUGAAAGGCGAAUGUUACCACUGUGUCACCCGACCACCCAUUUGUUGAUUGCCCAGUGUCCAUCUCGCAUUGUGUGAAAACAUUCUUCUGGUGAACUAAGAAUCUAAUUAUUGGCUGGUAGCUACAGGUUGCUGUUAUGAAUCAUGACAAAGUUUGUAAAAAUGAUGACCUUGACCCAUAUUCCAUAUCCCAUGUUAAUAGUUAUAAA